AAUCCCACAAAAUAAAGCUGAGUGAGGGUUUUUUGCAGACCAUGGAGAAGAGUGACUCUAGUAGAAGAGAAACUAUGGAGAAGAACAGUAAGAAAACAAUGAACAUAGAGAAAUCUAUCACAACUGAGACUCAUGAGAAUCCCAAAAUUAACUACAGGGGAUGGAAAGCCAUGCCUUUUAUCAUUGGGAAUGAGACAUUUGAGAAGCUUGGAGCCAUCGGAACGUUGUCGAAUCUCUUGAUCUAUCUAACAACUGUGUUCAACAUGAAGAGCAUCACUGCUGCAACUAUCAUCAACAUCUUCAAUGGUACAACCAAUUUUGGUACCUUUAUUGGAGCUUUUCUUUGUGACACUUACUUCGGUCGCUACAAGACGCUUGGGUUCGCUACAGUCGCCUCCUUUUUGGGACUACUAGUUAUACAACUAACUGCCGCGAUCUCAUCGCUGCAUCCAAAACACUGCGGAAACGAUGAAAUUAGAUGCCAAGCACCGUCCGUGGGGCAAAUGGCGUUCUUAAUGUGUGGAUUUGGGCUGCUGAUUAUCGGAGCAGGCGGUGUGAGACCCUGCAAUCUGGCGUUUGGGGCAGACCAAUUUAACCCUGGAACGGAGGCCGGAAAACGGGGGAUUAAUAGUUUCUUCAAUUGGUAUUUCUUCACAUUCACUUUUGCACAGAUGGUGUCGUUGACACUAAUCAUCUAUGUGCAAUCCAAUAUCAGUUGGGCUCUUGGGUUAGGGAUUCCAGCAGCUUUGAUGCUUAUAUCUUGUGCACUCUUCUUCAUGGGUUCUAAAAUAUAUGUCAAAGUGAAAGCAACUGGUAGUCCAAUGACCAGUGUUGUGCAGGUUCUGGUGGUUUCCUUCAAGAAAAGACAUUUGAAGCCUCUGGAGCAACCUUGGGAAUCUCUUUUCCACUACAUCCCUAGCUCCUCUAUCAACUCUAAGCUUCCUUAUUCAGACCAAUUCAGAUUUCUUGACAAAGCAGCAAUUCGGACCCAAGAAGACGGAAUAAACCCGGAUGGUUCUCCGACUAAUCCUUGGAAACUUUGCAGCAUUCAGCAAGUGGAAGAAGUGAAAUGCUUGUUGAGAGUGAUUCCUAUUUGGGUAGCAGCAAUUUUCUACCAUAUUGCCAAUGUCCAACAACACACAUAUGUAGUGUUCCAAGCACUUCAAAUGGACAGAAGCCUUGGAAAAAGCAGCUUCAAGAUUCCGGCUGCAUCCUACAGUGUAUUUCUAAUGCUUAGCAUGACAAUCUGGAUACCAAUCUACGAUCGAAUCGUCGUCCCUUUCCUUCGAAGGAUCACCGGAAAACAAGGCGGGAUCACGCUUCUUCAAAGAAUGGGAGUAGGCAUGUUUCUGGCUGCAGUAACAAUGCUAGUAUCAGCCGCUGUGGAGGAGCGACGCCGGACUAUCGCGCUAACGGAACACACACUUGGAAUUGUUCCAAGAAGAGGAACCAUUUCAUCGAUGUCCGGGUUAUGGUUAAUUCCUCAGCUCACCAUAGCAGGAUUGUCCGAGGCGUUCGGGGCGAUCGGGCAAGUUGAGUUUUAUUACAAGCAAUUCCCUGAGAACAUGAGAAGCAUUGGUGGGUCAUUGUUCUUUUGUGGGAUGGCUGGUUCAAGUUACUUGAGUAGUCUACUGAUAACAAUCAUUCAUCAAGCCACAAAGGGAGCUCCAACUGGGAAUUGGUUACCAGAAGAUCUAAACAAGGGGAGAUUGGAUUACUUCUACUACUUGAUUGCUGCUCUGGAAUUCGUAAAUUUCGGAUACUUUUUAAUGUGUUCGAGAUGGUACAAGUACAAAGGAGGGAGAGACUCCAAUUCCAUUCAUGUUAAUGGAGAAAUGAAGGAACCAGAGAAGUCUUCAGUUUAAUCAAGUUAAUGGAGAUAGGAAGUAACUCACUUCAUAUGUGCUUGCAUAAAAUGUUAUAUUUAGUUAUAAUUAUUUUACGUUUAAUAGGUCAUUGUGUAAUUAUGUACCAUUUGGAUUGGGUGAUAGCGUAGUUGGUAGAUCUCUCUAAGUCAAACUAUAUGGACGGGGUAUGUCCUGAGUUUGAUUCUCAUUAAGAGUAAUACUCUAACGAUCAUAAACGGGCACUUGUGAUUUCUUUAUUAGUCGUCAAACCGGAUUAUUAUAGCUUUAAUUUUAAUUGUUCUUAAUUGAAAGAAAUAUAAGUACCAAAUAAAAGAGAAGUUAGAAAUUUUAUAUA